UACGAAACACCCCUCCAACAUCCCAAUAGUUGACAUUUUCUCCCCCAUAUGUACUCUACUCACGGUUAACUCAUGCUGCUGAUAUUUUAACAUCUCAACCGCCUCCACCACUCUAACCGGCGAUCUGUUCUCCGGCCACACCUACCGCCGUCAGGUUGAAAUUUGUCGAAAAUAUCUUAUACUUCUAAGAGAAAAGGAUUAACAGAUCUGAUCAAGCUGGCCUGGGGAAGAAAAGUUUGUGCCUUUGUGGAGAUGUUUCAGCUAGCAUUUUACUGAGAUGAAGAACAAUCAGGAAACUAAGCCAGAAAUACAGUCCUUAACCCAAGUUUCACACGAGUCCCAAAGUGACCAACAUAACAAUGCGACAGACACUCCUGUUCCUGACACUGGUUCAGCCUCCAUUUCAAGCAAUGACAACAGAAAAGUUUCUAGGGAAGAUAUCGAACUUGUCCAGAACUUGAUAGAACGCUGUUUGCAACUGUAUAUGAACCGAGAUGAGGUCGUGAAAACUUUGCUAAAUCGUGCGAGGAUAGAUCCUGGCUUUACAACUUUAGUUUGGCAGAAAUUAGAAGAAGAAAAUGCAGACUUUUUUAGAGCAUAUUACAUAAGGCUGAAACUAAAGAAGCAGAUCAUCUUGUUUAAUCAUUUGCUUGAACAUCAAUACCGUCUUACAAAGUAUCCAAUGCAACCGAAGCUUCCUCUUGCUCCCAUACAAAAUGGCAUCCAUCCCAUGCCAGUUAACAACUUACCAAUGGGAUACCCUGUUCUACCACAACCUCCAAUGGCGGCUACGGGUCAACCUCAUAUGAAUCCCAUGGGUAUUUCCAACUGUCAUGUGGUCAAUGGAGUCCCUGCUCCAAGGAACUUCCAACCUAUGAGGGUCAACUCUGGAAACGAAACUAUGGGAAUAGAUAAUAGUGCGGCUGAUGUGGCGCCUGCGGUUCCAGUAAAUGGGGCCAUUUCACCCAUAUCAGAUAUGCCGAUGAGUCCUACAUCAGUUGCAUCCAGUGGCCAUUUCCCUUUUACUGCAUCUGAAAUAUCGGGAAUGGGCGUUGACACGUCAGCUCUUGACUCAGCUUUUCCAUCUGAUGUGGCAAGUUCUGUAGGGUUGCAUUUGCCGCCUGAUAAUGGAACUUCUAGACCUUUUGGCAAUAUCCCUUGGAAUUUUAGUCUUUCGGAUCUAACAGCUGAUCUGUCGAACUUGGGAGAUUUAGGAGCUCUUGGAAACUACCCUGGUUCCCCUUUUCUUCCAUCUGAUUCGGAUAUAUUGCUCGAUUCCCCUGAGCAAGAGGACAUUGUGGAAGAGUUCUUUGCUGACUCGGUUCCUGGACCACCAUGCUCCAAUUCAGAUGACGAAAAAUCCUAAUUUAAGCUUAGAAACAACAAACUAUUGUCUUGGGACACAAUUAUGUACAAUAAAAGGGUACACAAGGAACUGAAAUGUCAAUUUUAUUAUAUCCCGGAUCUUUAACACCCAACCCUUAAAGCUUCUUUUAUGUAACUUUAGAUUUCGUUUGAGCUUUA